AGGCGCCUCAGAAGCGUCGCUCACUCCGCUCGCUCACGCAUAUUGUGGAUAAAGGGCCUCCUCCGCGCGCGCCACGCAGGCUGAGAGAAGAGUGAGGAAGAAGAGAUUGCACGAGAGGGUUUUCCAGUCAGGAGCACUUGACUUUUCACUGCCUGCGUAAAAAUGAAGGCCAUAAUCGCACUUGUCGUCGCGUGCCUGGUGGGCGUAGCCCUGUCCAGCCCAGUGGAAAAGCUGGACAAGAUCAGCGUCGUCGAGCAGCAGUCGGUGACGACGUUGACCGAUCGUACCAAAUACGAGGAGGACGUUCUCCGCAAGUUGAACCUCAAGUGCUCGCAGAACGACCUGUCGAGCUGCGUCUUCCUCAAGCUGGUCACUUACAUGAACAAGUUGCUGAAGAAGGCCUCGUUUGAGUUGACCGACGACAUUGAGAUCCGCAAGACCAGCCAGGCGACGGAGGAGGUCGUGAGCUUCCAGUCGUCCGGACGCGCAGCUGGACAGGACGAGGAGUCCGAGGUCUUCGACCUCAUCGCCAGCAAGGUCUACGCCUUCGUCAAGUCGCGCAGCAUCAAGUGGAGGUUCCUCCCCGAGGACGACGUCGUCGUCUCGGCCAAAGAGGACGACACUGGUGCCCUCAACCUGGGACUCUCCAUCGAGCGCUCCGAGAACGCCGUUCAGGAUGGUCGUGGCAAGAAGAACAACAUGGGCCCACUGCUCGCCGCAGCCGUUCUCAAGAUCGGUCUGAUCGGUGGUCUCGCCUUCAAGGGGCUGGCCCUCCUCGUCGGCAAGGCCCUUCUGCUCUCGAAGAUCGCCCUCCUGCUGGCCGGUAUCAUCGGCCUGAAGAAGCUCUUCUCGCACCAGAAGCACGUGACGUACGAGGUGGUGGCCCACCCGCACCACAGCGCUAGCCACACCAUCGAGAGCCACGGCCACGGCGGCGACUACUCCGGAGGCUGGGCCAGGAACUUCCACGAGCGCCAGACCGAGGCUGCCCAGCAGAUGGCCUACUCCGCUCACAAGCCCCAGUGAGGCGUCUCCGGCCGGGAUACCGAGCGACGGAAGGGACUCUGCGUGCGCUCGGGGUCGAUUAUUUGUUUCACAGAGACUCCGGGAGCUGAAAAUUCGCGGCACGGACCGCGACGGGAACCUAACUUAUGUCGAUCCUUAUCCACUAGCCCUUAAGUUAUAGAGACCCCCUCUACUCUCUUCCGAGCCCCUAUAACGUGUAUUUAAGCUCAUCAUCAUCGUCAUCGGUACAUAUCGUUGUACAUCACGCAUUUACGACUCUGACCGUGACGUUGACUGCACCGUGACAUUGUCUCGACUCUGCCGAAAAAAAGCAACGAAACACAAAGACGAGAUCGACGCACGACGACGAGACGGCUCUUACACGCACGCACAAUCUCUAUACUCUGUAGUACUCGAAUCGACUAUAUACGGACGUGGUGGUACCAAUAUUACCUUCGCUGCGGCUUUGCGCUGGGCAGCUCUCAGUCAAUCUUGCUUCGAGCGAGGCGACGCGCUGUCCCAGAUCGCAGGCCGGCGCGCGAUUUCCUUGCCCAUAUACGUAUGUGUUCAACGCGGUGUACAUGUAUAUAUUAACCUACACGCGCGGCGCAGCAGCACAUGCAAAACGCUCUAAUUUAUCGCCGAGAGGCAGUGGCGGCCGCUCGUCAUCGCCAGCGUCGCGGGACGGAAGGACUCCGAUGCAGCGUUUAACGGUUAACGGAUAUCUACGGACGGACGGACGGACGGACUGGGUAGAUCUGCGCGCGCACGGAGAGGAAGGCACGCGCUCGACAUACUUUCGCGAGCGCGGGAAAUAAAGCCGAUCGAGAGAUGGAGCGAGGGAACUGGUCCGAUAUCAAGGUCACGCACUGGACCGGAAGCUCGCUCCCCUCGGCUUCUUCCUCUUCUCUCGGCGUCGGGAGACUUGCGGCGAGUUUUGCAUCGGACUGUGUGCUGAGACUGAGACCAAUGACGUUACUUACUCUACUAUGUACUGCUACUUACUUCUACGACUGCUUCAUGGACUGUAGGACAAUUCUAUCGACGCGUUUUCUUCCUAUCUAUCAUCGUUCUCUCAUCACCGACUCUUCCCCCUCCCCCUCGACUGUGUAACUCUUCUCUCUUACCGAUUUCCCCCUACCGAUCAUCUUUUUAUAUGUUAGCGCGGCUCGUUCACUCUGUUUUCUGUCCUCUAUUUUAUCAUCGUACGAUUAACUUAUUUAUCUCUCUUCGAUGAGGGCGAUCGAUUGUAUCAUAACGUGUUACUGUUGUCUAAUGUGAGAAUAAAAUAUUUAUUGUUUUGUAUAAAAAAUCAAUGAAAAUGUC